CUAUAUUACUCUCUCCUUAAGCUUGAGUUCGUGUGACGUUUGUUGGAGAGAAGAGGACAAUUUGUGCGAAGGGUUGAUUCGUGUAUCUUGUAUCCGACCCAUCUUGAGGGGAUACAUUGAAUCGGGACACCAAGCUGUUCCUGAGAGAUCAUCUGCCACUAACAAAAGAGCCUAGUUCAUUCCACAGCAGUUUCUGCAAAAUAGAGGUCAGAAACAGGAGUUUUACGGGAGGGGACUACUUGAGCGGUGGUUCACAUUGGGAUGAUGGAGGCCGCUUUUUAGGGAUUUGAGUAAACAAAGGUUAAGAGAGGAUAAAAACAAUGGAGACCACGGUUUCAGUUUCAGAUAGUUCAAUUUCGAAGAGGACGAGAAGGAAAGUGAGUGUAAAGAGUUACAGUGAGAAUCUUAUAGAUGAACUAAUGGAUGGGCAGUUGGGAGGUUUCAAGAAGAAGAGGAUUAGAACGAAAGAACAAUUGGAGAAAGAGACCGAGGUUGAGGCCAUGAUAGCACUCUCUUUGGGAUUCCCUAUAGAUGAUUUACUAGAGGAGGAAAUUAAAGCUGGGGUUGUAAUAGAGUUAGGCGGGAAGGAGCAGAAUGAUUAUAUUGUUGUGAGGAACCACAUACUUUCCAGGUGGAGGUCUAAUGUUCGGUCAUGGGUCUCCAAAGGCCAGAUAAGGGAAACUAUUCCUGAGGAGGCAACUGAGGGGUCCGUCAUAAUUGUCGGGGCUGGACUCGCGGGAUUGGCUGCUGCGAGGCAGCUGAUGUCAUUUGGUUUCAAGGUGGUUGUCCUUGAAGGCAGGAACCGACCUGGGGGAAGAGUUUAUACACAGUAUUUGGAGCAGAAUGGUAACAAUGCUACUGUUGAUCUUGGUGGCAGUGUAAUAACUGGUAUCGAUGCCAAUCCUCUGGGGGUAUUGGCCAGACAACUUUCCAUUCCUCUUCACAAAGUUAGAGAUAAGUGCCCUUUGUACCAACCUGAUGGAGCACCAGUUGAUGUGGAUAUUGAUUCUAAAGUUGAACUUAUCUUUAACAAGCUUCUCGACAAAGUCAUGGAGUUGAGAAGAAUAAUGGGGGGAUUUGCUAAUGAUAUUUCUCUAGGUUCAGUCUUGGAAACACUCACACAACUAUAUGCUGUGGCUAGAACCACAAAGGAGAGACAACUCCUUGACUGGCAUUUUGCAAACUUGGAAUAUGCAAAUGCUGGAUGCCUUUCAAACCUUUCAGCUGCCCAUUGGGAUCAAGACGACCCUUUUGAAAUGGGAGGUGACCAUUGUCUGCUUGUUGGUGGAAAUUAUAGGCUAAUCAAAGCAUUAUGCAAGGGAAUUCCAGUUUUCUAUGGUAAAACUGUUCAUACAAUAAGGUACGGAAAUGGAGCUGAAGUCAUAGCUGGUGGCCAAGUUUUUCAAGCAGAUAUGAUACUUUGUACUGUGCCUCUUGGGGUUUUAAAGAGAAAAUCCAUAACAUUUGAACCGGAAUUACCCGAGAAGAAAGUUGCUGCUAUAGAAAGAUUGGGAUUUGGCUUGUUAAACAAGGUUGCUAUGGUAUUCCCCUAUGUCUUUUGGGAAGAAGAUCUUGAUACGUUUGGCCGUCUAAACCAGCAUAGGCAUAAGCGUGGAGAAUUCUUUUUAUUUUACAGUUAUCAUACUGUUUCUGGAGGUCCUGUACUUGUUGCUCUUGUUGCUGGUGGUGCUGCACAAUUAUUUGAAUAUACGGAGCCAUCCAUCUUGGUGCAUCACAUUAUAGACAUUCUUAGAGGUAUAUAUGGUCCCAAGGGGAUCAAUGUGCCUGAUCCUGUACAAUCAAUGUGCACAAGAUGGGGAAGUGAUCCCUUUACAUUUGGUUCGUAUUCACAUGUUAGAGUGGGAUCAUCUGGCAGUGACUAUGAUACAUUGGCAGAAAGUGUUGGUGGGAGGCUGUUUUUUGCUGGUGAAGCAACUAUUCGUCAACAUCCAGCCACCAUGCAUGGUGCCUAUCUGAGUGGCAUAAGAGAAGCUUCACAUAUUUUCCAAGCUAUGAAACAGCAGCAGAACAACCCAAGGAAAUGCGUAACGAAGAAUUCCGCACCAUGCACUGAAAUUCUGACAGAACUGUUUAAGAGGCCUGACCUUGCAUUUGGGCAGUAUUCAUUUGUAUUUGAUCCUUUGAACGAUGAUCCAACCUCUUGGGGACUCAUGCAAGUAACUCUUACCAACGCCUUUAUGGAAUUAUCCGAUGACUUCUCUUGCAGGAGCGAGACAGAGAGCAUGCAUAAACAGUUGUUGGAACAACCGUUGCGUCUUUAUACAGUUUUGACGCAGAGCCAGGCACUCAAAAUCCAACUGAUGACCAGGAGAGAUGAUUGUAAAAUUUUGCAUUUGUUCAAGAACUUGGGCUUGAAACUACUAGGAGCUGACAGUUUAGGAGAUUUAGGCAAUUCAAUUGCCACUAACAUUGCCAAUGCACGAAGAGGCAAAAGUCGACACCGCAUGUCUGGAAUACAAAAAAAUGCAGGCGGUUCUAAUCUUGAAUUACCAUCCCUAUGAGCAUUACAAAUCCUACACUCUGUAUAUGAACCUUUUCUUUCACCAAACAAGGAACAUAAGAUUCGCUUGCUUAGGGUCCUUGACAAUUUUGCUACCGCCAUAGUUUGUUCACCAUUGUAUUUUUUAUAUCCUUAUAUGUAAAUGACUCAUUUUGGUGCACAGACUUUAGAGUCCCAUAGAUUUUGGUCAUAGGCCAUUUGCUGAAUCAAUGAUUUCAGCUUGG